AUGUUCCUGAGUCUUCAGUCAGCCCUCUGGUCUUUCAUUAAAGGUACCAGGUCUGCAGUAUGCAGCAACAGAUAGUGCAUUCUUUUUACAAUCACACUAAUCCCCAGGAUAUGUGGUAUGCCCUGAUUGGAGUUCCAGAACUGGAAGAUGCACACAUUUGGAUCUCCAUCCCUAUCUGUUUUAUGUACAUUGUGGCUGUCAUAGGCAAUAUCUUCCUAAUCUUCUUGAUCAUGACCCAGUACAGUCUCCAUGAGCCCAUGUAUCUCUUCCUUUCCAUGCUGGCCAUAGCAGAUGUCCUGCUCUCCACAGCAACAGCCCCCAAGAUGCUAGCAAUCUUCUGGUCCCAUUCCGUGUAUAUAUCCUUCGGUAGCUGUGUAUCCCAGAUGUUCUUCAUACAUUUCAUCUUUGUGGCAGAAUCUGCUAUUCUCCUAGCCAUGGCAUUUGACCGUUAUGUGGCCAUCUGUUACCCACUGAGAUAUACAACAAUCCUAACCUCAUCAGCCAUUGGAAAAAUUGGCAUAGCAGCUGUGGUCAGGAGCUUCAUCAUAUGUUUUCCAUUCAUUUUCCUGGUAUACCGACUUACAUAUUGUGGGACAAACAUCAUUCCCCAUUCCUACUGUGAGCACAUGGGUAUUGCUAGAUUGGCAUGUGACAAUAUUAAUGUCAAUAUCAUUUAUGGUAUGACUGUGGCUCUGAUCUCUACAGGACUGGAUGUAGUGCUCAUCAUUAUUUCCUACACACUGAUCCUUCUCACAGUGUUUCAGAGACCUUCUUGGGCUGCCAGAUGCAAGGCUCUUAGCACAUGUGGUUCCCAUAUUUGUGUCAUACUUAUGUUCUACGCUCCAGCCUUCUUUUCAUUUUUUGCCCAUCGCUUUGGGGGUAAAACCAUCUCUCACCACAUCCACAUUCUAAUAGCCAAUCUCUAUGUGGUGGUGCCCCCUAUGCUCAACCCCAUUAUUUAUGGAGUAAAGACCAAACAGAUUCAAGACCAAGUGAUUUUGCUUUUCUCCCAUAUCAGCACAUGUUUUUAA